GGAGCUUCAAAACUUCUUGCGAACAUGCUGUAUUCAUACCGAGGAAUGGGACUUUCUGUUGGCACAAUGAUUGCUGGAUGGGACGAAACUGGUCCUGGACUAUACUAUGUUGACAACCAAGGAGGACGGCUCAAGGGAGACAGGUUUUCAGUCGGUUCUGGUACUUCACCAUACGCUUACGGUGUACUGGACAGCGGGUACAAAUACGAUAUGUCAGUUGAAGAAGCUUCUGAGUUAGCGAGGAGAUCGAUCUACCAUGCGACAUUCCGUGAUGGAGCCAGUGGUGGAGUUGCUAGCGUGUACCAUGUUGGUCCCGAAGGAUGGACGAAACUAUCAGGAGAUGAUGUUGGGGAGCUACACUACCACUACUACCCCGUGGCACCAGCUACCGCAGAACAAGUGAUGGAGGAAGCAACAGCCGAGUAAAAAACAUGUUUAGUUUUCUAAUCAUUCACUCCCUUUCCUGUUGUUGCAUUUGUGGUAGUACAUACUGAGUUGUCUCUAGCUGAAGCUUUGGUAUUCUAUUUUACUGAUCUGAAAUGUUGCUCGCAACUUAUUCUCUUUGAGAUUCUCUUUUUUCUGCAAUCACAUGGUUUCAAACAUCAAUUUAGGGAAUUGUGAUAGGUU